UGAGCGGCUGCUACGGCCUAUUCAUUGUGCAAACCUCGUGAAGACCACUUUUGAGUCACCGUGUCCAUCUCCAAGCUACCUUUCCCGCUCCACGAGAAGCGCGCGGGACAGUUGCUCCGCAACUCUGACGCAAGCUUGACGUUAAUUAAGUGUGUUUUAGUUCAUUAUGGCAGGAGAAGAUUUCCAGCCGAGUUUGAGUUACAGAGGUUGUGUGGAUUAUUGCAUACCAUAUUUAUCCCCCGUUAUCAAAAUAUGAGGAACAAAUCGUCUGUGCGCAGUUAGGGAAGUAGCCUGGAUGCGCACACUGUUCUAGAACGGCGGAGGAUUCCAACAACAUAGGUGGAUGUCCUGAACUGUAGAUUUUCUGUGAAGGGACAAUAGGUUUAUCCAGUCACUGGGUGCCUCUGCACCAUGGUGGUUUUAUCCGAUGGCUCUCCCCUGAGCCAGCCAUGCCCCGGGGGACCGGUUCAGGUCGGUUUCUACGAGAUCAUCAGGACGCUGGGGAAGGGAAACUUCGCUGUAGUUAAACUGGCUUGUCACAAAGUCACAAAAACCCAGGUGGCCAUUAAAAUCAUUGAUAAAAAGAGACUGGAGCCCUCUGACCUGAAGAAGAUCUACAGAGAGGUCGAGGUGAUGAAGCUCCUCAACCAUCCACACAUUAUCAAGCUCUAUCAGGUCAUGGAAACUAAGGACAUGUUGUACAUGGUGAUGGAGUAUGCCAGGAACGGAGAGAUGUUUGACUACUUGUUGUCGUCAGGGCGACUGAGUGAGAGUGAGGCUCGCAGGAAGUUCUGUCAGAUCCUGUCAGCGGUGGACUACUGCCACAGCAACCAUAUCGUCCACAGAGACCUGAAGGCUGAGAACCUUCUGCUGGACUCCAACAUGAACAUCAAAGUAGCAGACUUUGGUUUUGGGAACUUCUUCAGUGAAGGACAAUUUCUGUCCACCUGGUGUGGGUCCCCGCCCUACGCCGCUCCAGAGGUGUUUGAGGGGAUUGAGUACGAGGGGCCUCCUCUAGACAUCUGGAGUCUGGGCGUGGUGCUGUACGUGUUGGUGUGUGGCGUCCUGCCCUUUGACGGCCCCUCUCUCCCCGCGCUCAGACAGAGGGUCCGGGAGGGCCGCUUCAGAAUCCCCUUCUACAUGUCCCAAGACUGUGAGAACCUGGUGCGGAGGAUGUUAGUAAUUGAACCGGCCAAGCGGAUCACGGUGGCCCGGAUCAAGAAGCACCGCUGGAUGAAGUCGGACCCCCCGGCCACGGCAGCCCCUCCAGAGAUGCCCCAGCCGACCCCUGCCCCUGAUGCAGAGCCCUGUCUGGGGGAGAAUUACAGCGAGCCGGUACUUGGCCUCAUGCAGACCCUGGGCAUCGACCGGCAGAGGACCAUUGAGUCUCUUCAGAGCAGCAGCUACAACCACUUCUCUGCUAUCUACCGUCUCAUGCUGGAGAAGGUGAAAGAGCUCCGCUCCCUCAGACUGCCCCAGAGCACCGAAAAGGUGACCCCCAACCCUGACCACGACACUCUGCUACCGACCUGCAUUAGUGAUCAGGAUCACCAUGGAAACCAGGGGGAGGAGGAAGAGGAGGGAGGGGCAGCAACCCUCUCCUUAGACCCCUCCCACAGACAUACUCUGGCUGAGGUCUCUGCCAGCCUCCAGCAGUGCAGCCCAUCUUGUGCUGUGGUAAACUCAUCCGACCAAGCUUCCUCAGAUAGUUUCUCCUCUUCCUCCUCUUCCUUCUCUGCCAGUCCCAGCCUGUCCAGCCCAAUUGAGGACCCCUAUAUGUUACUUGUCACCACUGUGGAUGGCCCUGGGACCUAUAGCCCCACAGAGUCCCCCCUGGCCCUGUCCUCUACCGUGCCCAGCACUGUUGAUGGCCCCUAUCAGUUACUGGUCACUACCGGUCAUCUGGCCCUGUCGUCCACCCUGCAGCCCCCUCCCCAGGAUAGCCUCCCCAUACCCAGCUUCCAGGAGGGCCGCCGAGCCUCCGACAUGGACACCGGGGCUCUAACACAAGGUCUGAGGGUGUUCCGCCAGAAGUUGAGGGGGGAGGCCAGCGCCAAGGGCCUGCUGGGACUGAACAAGAUGAAGAGCCCCGGGAUCCGGAACGGAUGGUCCCCCCCAGCCUCUGGCUCUGUACCCUGCCCCCCUGCCUGGGGGGGGCGAGACCUGUCCCACUGUGUCCCCACCACACCUCUGUCAGAGGAGGGAUUCCAGCAGCAGAAAGUGAUCCAGAUUCCACUGUGCCAAUUCCACCCGACCACACCUCUUCCUCCACGCCACCCCACGUCUUCCUCCCCGCCACCACACCUCUUCCUGUCUCCUCCCGUCCCUCCUAAUGUUCCCGCUCCUCCUCGUCCUCCCAUUGCCAUGGUGGCGUCGGCUGGCCACCUCUUGGAGACCCACCUCCAUAUCAGCUCUCCUCGGGUUGAGAACCACACCCCACCCUUCUCUGACACUCCUCACCUCCCUGUUCAGCCCCAGUUCCCCCACCCGAAACCCCAGUCUCAGCCUAAGCUACUGCACCCCCACCCAGAACCCCUGUCUCAACAACUACACCCCCACCCAGACCCCCGGUCUCAACUACUACACCCCUACAUCCACCCCCACAACCACCCAGACCCCCAGUCUCAGCUACAGCAACCCCACUCCCACCCCCACAACUACCCAGACCCCCAGUCUCAGCUACAACAACCCCACUCCCACCCCCACAACUACCCAGACCCCCAGUCUCAGCUACUGCACCCCCACCCCCACAACUACCCAGACCCCCAGUCUCAGCUACUGCACCCCCACCCCCACAACCACCCAGACCUCAAGACUCAACUAUUGCAGCCUCACCCCCACAACCACCCAGACCCCCAGUCUCAGCUACAACAACCCCACUCCCACCCCCACAACUACCCAGACCCCCAGUCUCAGCUACUGCACCCCCACCCCCACAACUACCCAGACCCCCAGUCUCAGCUACUGCACCCCCACCCCCACAACUACCCAGACCCCCAGUCUCAGCUACUGCACCAACUACCCAGACCCCCAGUCCCCACAACUACCCAGACCCCCAGUCUCAGCUACUGCACCCCCACCCCCACAACUACCCAGACCCCCAGUCUCAGCCUCAGUUACUGUAUUCCCACUCUGACCCCCAGCCUCAGCCAAGGCCUUGGGCCAACCACCGCCUCUAUACCCACUCCCAGACCUCCAGGCGGCCCCAGCUCCAGCGCCAGCCACGUUUGCCUCCAUGCCCAGUAG